UCGGUCCUCUUGGGAAAUUAAAAAAAAUAAUAAAUAAAACCACCCCGAGGAGUUUUUAAAUAUUUAUCGCGGUUUUUGUCGCGUCGUGUAUAUUUCCGGUCGAUAAAUAAAAGGUUUGAACUUAGUUCAAUUAUUAUAUAGUCGGUCGUAUUGUUCAGUCGAACAUUGUCGUUUAAAGGGGCGAAAGUUCUUUUUUAGUGUAUUAAUUUUAUUGCAAGAAUGCCAAGACCACAAAGUGCAACUUCACGCCAAGAAACCGAAAUGGCUUCAAAAAGCUUAAGGGAGCUUCAAGCGGUUGGAAACUCCGGAGAUCCAGUGCAACGUUUACGUUUGCUUUGUUUGUCCAGAGGUGCCCACGGGAUAUUAGGACUUGGACGAAUGUUUCGCAGAAUGGACGAAGAUGGCAACAAGAACCUAAAUAAGGAAGAAUUCACACUGGGGUUGCGAGAAAUCGGUCUGGAAGUCACUGACGAGGAGAUCAAUGAGAUGUUUACCAAAUUCGACACUGAUGGGAGCGGUAGUGUUAAUUUAAACGAGUUUUUAGUUCAUAUAAGGCCGCCACUAUCAGAAUCCAGAAAUAAAGUCAUCCAAGAAGCGUUUAAUAAAAUGGACAAAACUGGAGACGGUGAAAUAACUAUUGAAGACUUGAAGAACGUUUACAAUGUCAAGUCUCAUCCAUUAUACAUUUCUGGAGAGCAAGACGAGGACACUAUUAUGAAGAAGUUUUUGGGUAAUUUUGAGCAGGAUGCCACCAGAGAUGGAAAGGUCACCAAAGAAGAAUUUUUCAACUAUUAUGCGGGAAUUAGUGCCUCUAUUGACAAUGACUGCUACUUUGACCUAAUGAUGAGGCAGGCCUAUAAACUUUAAUCCUUUUUGAUGCUUUAUUAUGUGUUACGCUUAGAACUGGAAAGAUAAUUAUGGAAUUCUUUGGAAUAGAACUCUGUGUACCGUUGCUAUCUUUAAAUAAGUUUAUAAGAGUGUUUUUAAGAAUUAUGUACUUUUAAAUGUUUGUGUGUGAAUAUCUCUAAUAAAACAAUUUAUUAAUCGUUAAGCAUA